GGAGAGUGUGUGUGGGUAUGAGGUAUGGAGAGUGUGAGGGUAUGAGGUAUGGAGAGUGUGUGGGUAUGAGGAAUGGAUAGCGUGUCCUUGUUGAAUAUUCAUGAAUUAUAAUGUGAUGGACUAUGCGGAUUAGUAUGUGAUCAAAAAUGCCUAUCGUAAAGCUUACAUAUAUAAAAAAGGUGUCUUAAAAAGUCAAUACGAUAUGAAAAAAGGAUAAAUCCGAUUUUUAUUUACAUAUUACACAAGCAAAUAUUGAAGCGGUUAUCAUUAUAGCAGAUUGUUCAAACACAGCUGUGACCCUGGUCAUCAGUUGUAAAGGAUGGGACAACUAUAAUGAAAAUCAAUCAGUAUCCGGACCCUCUUUAAUGUCGGAUGGUGGCAGCUGUUUCCUAGUCUUAUAAAAACUGAGACACUCCACCAAUGGGAUGUAUUGAUAGCGGUACACAAAUGUGAUUUUCUUCUAAACCAGGUUACGUUAAAAAUAAAAUUUUCCAAGAAAUAUAUUCUUUGAUGUUUGUGUAUGUAAACUGUAAUUGGAAGAGAGGGACGUAUAUCCGCUAUGCCGUGCUAUGCUAUGCUACGCUAUGCUACGCUAUGCUACACUAUGCUAUGCUUUGUUAUUUCUGCCAAAAAUUUAGAAUUAUGACCCAAGAAUGCACUGUACAAUAAUGUAUAUUUUCGCAGCAAUUCGGAGGGUCAAGAAAGGUGCGACUUUAUGAUGGAAGCGCAGUGGUAUUUUCCGUUUAAAAAGAUGAUUCUUUUUCGGAAGAAUUAAAUAUUUUCUGAACCAACAAACCAACGUUAGACGGACGAUGGAUGUGAUUUUUAUGUGUAAUUAAAUGUGCAGAGUGAACACGUGAAGCAGUGACGUGUCCAAAGAGAUAAGGUAAAAUACAUAAAGCGAGCGAUUGUUCUACAGGAGAGGGGACACAUCAUUAUGUUUUGGAAGAAAUGAUCAGACUUAGGGCAAUUUGUGUAUCAGAUACAUCAAGAUGCCACGUGUAUACUUAAAGUCGUGUCUAAUCAGGCUGGGUAUUGCGUCAUCAUUCGUUUGUUUUGUAUGGAUUUUUGUUUAUAGUAAUAUUCUUGAUGACAUUGCAAAAAAUAAUAAUAUACCUAAAACGCAAAUAGGAAAGGAACAAUCAAACAAAGUUGAUGUGAACACACCAUUCAAUGUUCAUCGCCAAUACACAGUGGGUAUUGAAAAUGACGGACGUGUUGUUUUUGAAGCCUUGUCUCCGCAGCAAGGAAACGGUGAGCCGAAGGAAAAACCUGACCUAAAGAUACGGCAACGAAAUAUUCCGAAAGGAAACCAUCAUCUAAAUGAUGGAGACAUCGAAAGACCAAAUAAAGUAGCGGAUAUUCCCACGGGUCCUGGUGAGUUAGGGGUAGCCGUUGCUAUCGAUGUCAAAUCACUGACACCGGAAGAGAAGAAAAAGUAUGAUAGAGGAUGGAAAAACAACGCCUUCAAUGAAUAUGUCAGUGACAUGAUCUCGUUAGAUAGAUCUUUGGAUGACACAAGAGACCCUGAAUGUAAAACCAUGGUAUAUAGUAAUCUGCCAGAUGCUAGUGUCAUUAUAACAUUCCAUAACGAGGCUUGGUCUGUGUUACUAAGGAGUGUUCAUAGCAUCAUUAACCGUACGCCACCGGAACUACUGAAGGAAAUAAUCCUUGUUGACGAUUUUUCGGAUAUGCAACACUUGAAGGCCCCGCUGGAGCAGUAUAUGAGCCGAUAUGCCAAAGUGAAGAUAGUGAGAGCUUUACAAAGGGAAGGGCUGAUCAGGUCCCGACUCCUGGGAUAUAACACGGCGACCGGAACUGUCCUUAUAUAUCUGGACUCCCAUAUAGAAUGUGCAGAAGGUUGGAUUGAACCACUCCUAGACCCAAUCGCUCGCGACCACACAACCUCAGUUACACCGAUAAUCGACACCAUUGAUUUUAGAACAUUCUACUACAAAAUAAGCGAAGCAAAACACGCACAUGUUGGAGUAUUUGAUUGGUCACUGGUUUUUAAUUGGCAAAAGGUGCCAGAGUCUGAAAGGGCCCGACGACAUUUCCAAGACUUUUUACCGGCAAGGUCUCCUACAAUGGCAGGAGGGCUGUUCGCAAUCAGCCGAGAAUAUUUCACACAUAUUGGAACUUACGACGAAGGAAUGAAUAUUUGGGGAGCAGAAAAUCUGGAAAUUUCAUUUCGGAUAUGGAUGUGUGGAGGAACUUUACUGACAGCUCCCUGUUCACAUGUCGGACACAUAUUCCGGGAACACUCUCCGUAUACCUGGCCAGGGAAAAACAUCCUGCUACGUAACAACCUUCGUCUGGCUGAGGUGUGGUUAGAUGGCUUUAAAUCCUACUAUUAUAACCGGAUACCUCAAAAACAAAUACAAGAAACAGAUUAUGGAGAUAUAUCGGCGAGAAUAGCUCUACGUAAACGACUGAAAUGCAAAAGUUUUGCCUGGUAUUUGAAAAAUGUGUUUCCUGAGAUGUACAUACCAGGGAGUUCUCUGGCUAGUGGAGAGAUCAGAAACAAGGCGAAACCUGUGUGUUUAGACGGGAAGGACAGAGUGAUGGCUGACAAUGAUCUAACGACUUAUCCCUGUCAUAACAGUGGAGGAAAUCAGUACUGGCUAUACAUGAACGAUCACUCAUUUCGACGAGAUACUGUGUGUUUUGACCAUCAUUCAUCCCAAAAAUCAAUAAACUUGAUCAGAUGUCACGGAGAGCGAGGAAACCAAGAUUGGGAAUAUAGAGAGGAUAACACAAUAUAUCACGUGAUAACAAAGAAGUGCAUCACACUAGCGUUUGACGGCCGGUCGGUAUCCAUGGAGGAAUGUCGGGGUACUGACAGCCAGUUGUGGAUCAUGUCCAGAAAACCAGCUAGUGGUCCAACGAUCUAGUCCUCCUCGAUCUUAUCAAACAAACUGUGGCGGUUUCUGUGUGCGCGGAAAUCAGUUUGAUACAGAAUACAACGAAUUAAGUUAAAAUGUUGUGCUUCUUAUGGAAGAGUGGUGGGAUUCUGUCGUGUCGUUCUUUUCAUUCUCACGAUAAUAAAUUAUCUAGCCCGAUCAGAAUGACCUGUCGUGUUGAACUUUGAUUAGCAUAUUGACUACAGAUGAGUCUAUAGGGGAAAUUUAGGGGAAAUAGGUGCUUUGUAUAUAUACAUGCAUAUAUGUUAGUUAUUUAUAAUGUAACAAACCUUAUCAUCAGCUGCAUCAUUUGUAUUUAUACUGGUCUAGAUUUAGCGACAAAACUGUUAACAUGUGAACAAUUCAUCACAUAGUUACUUGAAUAUGUGUAAACCGUGCAUCAAAAAUAAAUGAUACAAUCCCUGUGUUGUCAAUAUAAAAUUGUAACAAAAACGAAUGGUCCAAAACAGCACUCUGCUGGACACAGUUGUAUUCCUAAUCAACAUGUUUUGUUAACACACCUGUCCACAAAUGGAACUACCCACUUUGAAUAUUCCACGAAAGGGUCAACGCGACAGGUCAUUCUGGUUUAACUAUACAAUGAUCAGUCUUAGUUGAUACAUAGGAAGAUAUAUGUUAUAUCUUGUAUCUUUUCUUCAGCAACGCUAUUUCAUAAUCACAAUAAUGGCAUUUUACAAGAUGUUUUACAAUAAAUGUAUCAUUAAUUACUGAGGGAAUAUAUAUAUUGAUCAAAAGACAUUUAGUUGAAAAGCGGUCAUUCUGUCAAUAUUUUCUCAACUCGACUUUUACCAAUAAAAAUAGAAAAAA